AUGCACGUAUUGACAGCUGAGAGCUCAGCUGAAUACGGCUCAAACACCUCGUCAACGUCAAUACCGAAAACUGAGAAUAUCUUGGAUGACGAGGGAAAGGAACAAGAAAGAAAACGAAAAGAAGCUAGGGCAAAAAAACGAACGGCUAGAGUCCAUUCUGAACACAGUACUGAAGAGCAGACAAUGCGACCAAGUGAAGAAUGCGCAAAUAUCGCAAUGUUUCUGGAUUCUUUUUGA